UAUACAACGAGAAGUAUUACGUAAAUGGACGCCCAUCGAAUAUCAAUAAGGAGUUCAAGGUCGUUCAUACUUCUUGAAAAAGGGCGGAGAAUAGUCGUGCUGAAGUCAGAACACUGUUAGUCAUGGCCAGGAGCAGUUUCUUCAUCGUGUCACUCUGUGUCGUGUGUUUAGUUGCGUGGGCAGAUGAUCGCGUUCCUCUCACAGAAGACGAACGACGAUGGAAUACACCGCCGGAGCUCAUACCGGAGGAAGUCAUCAAGGGGUCUAACGCGAAGAACGGACGAUCGUUGUCCAUUCCGAUUACGGCGAAUAUUAACUUGAACACCGGGAACAAUGCCCAUUCUUUAGGCUUUCAAGUAGGCCCCGGAGGUCUCAGCUACUCCGAGAGUAACAGCUUCAACAAUCCCCUGAUUUCGCAGAGUCAGGCAGUGUCAUUGGCUGCUGGAUCAUCAGGCACCACCGGUUCGACAGUCCAUGCUGUCGAUCAACACCAACCGGAUUAUAAUAAUCAGGGCCACGCUAACAGACCAUCUUUUGGCGUCAGUGCGGCUGCUUCUUCGUCGGCCUCGGUUCAAAAUGGACAAGUAUCUACAGCUGCAGCUUCCUCUGUUAGCUCCUCGCAUUCCACUGCAUCUUCGAACGCAGGAAACACUGGACGCGGAAUGAAAAUUCGAUUUCCGGGACAAAAUAAUAGAUAUCCGAUAUGGACUAAUAUUCGACCAAACAAUAACAAUGGUCACAGACCUUCGAGUCAACCAAAAUUGGAAAUUGACGUAAGACCGAGCACAGUGCAUCGAGAGAAAAAUGGUGGGCCUGUAAUACUGGAAAUUACAUCGCACCCAACGCAACAGCAAAACAGGAGACCGACGGUUCAUGUACGCAAAUGGUAUCCUAGUGAUAAUGCGCAAUGAAACCAGCAACAAAUUUAAAGAAAAUUUAGGAAUGAUAAUUCUUCAGAAUGUGUUCACUUAAAUUAAUAGUAAACAGUUUCACUUGUGAUUCCAAUAGUUUUCGUAUAUUCAAUUCGUCUACUUUGCUGACGUGUUAUUUAUUCGAAAUAUCUUAACAUCGGUUUAUUAUUCUCGACGCAAGUCUAAUUACGUAAACUUGAAAAAUCAUGUCACACUGAAAAUCGCGUGAGACUAAAAGCAGGAUUUUUGAAUGAAAUGAAGUAGCAGCUAACGCAACAACGAUCGAUGAAUAUGCAAACCAUUAAAAUUGAUUUCUAAUGUAAAUAGUGAUAAAUAAAAUACCUUUUUUUCUAAU